AUCUGUCAUCGCAUUGGUGGCUGGCACACGCGGCUUCUUUCAAAGGCAGGCAAAGAGAUACUGUUGAAGACUGUCGCUCAAGCCAUGCCCCAGUACGCCAUGAGUGUGUUCGCUUUACCCAUCAGCACUUGUCAAAGAAUUGAGGGCCUCAUGAACAAGUUUUGGUGGCAAAGUGGUGGUAAAAACUCCUCGGGUAUCCAUUGGCUAUCAUGGAAGCGGAUGACGAAACCCAAAAAAUUUGGAGGCCUCGGCUUCAAGGACAUUCAUGCGUUUAAUUUAGCAUUGCUUGGCAAGCAAGGUUGGAGAUUGCUAACUAAGCCUCACUCACUUCUCUCUAAGGUCUUCAAGGCUAGGUACUAUCCUAAGGGCUCCUUCUUGGAGGCCUCCACUGGGCCUAAUCCUAGUUUCGUCUGGAGAAGUAUAUUGGCGGCACAACCAUUGAUCAAGGAUGUCAUUCGCCGUAGGGUCGGAAACGGCGAAGGUACUCUUAUUUGGGCUGACCCGUGGCUCUGGGACUCUUCAAAUCCGAGGGUUUCUACACCUAAACCUAGUUUCUGCCCGGACUUUCCGGAUGAUUGGUAUUGGCCGUUGGAGGCGACUGGAUGCUACUCGGUCAAGUCGGCUUAUCGGAAGCCGGUGGGGGAGGCUGCUAACACUACGGGUCUUACGAAGAAGGGCGUGGAGCUUGAUAAUAUUUGCCCGUCUUGUGGUGCUAAAGGAGAGUCCCUUGAGCACGUCUUCAUUGCUUGUCCUUUGGCAGCUGCGGUCUGGAGCUGCUUGAAGUUUACUGUGGCGGCGCAUGGCUGUUUUGUCUCGUGGGCAGAGGGGCUGUUCCGCAACGCCCAGGGCAGCACUAUUGCUUUGUUUGUGGCAGGUACCUGGGCAGUUUGGAAGGCUAGAAAUGCAGCCUUAUGGGAGAAGAAGGUAGUCAGGCCGAUUGUGGUGGCGGAGUGGGCAACGGCGGCGACACGAACCCAUGCAACAGAUCUGCCCCGUGUGUUGUCCUCGCCUCAGGUGGCUGCGUGGAGGGGUCUCAAAUGUAUGGUGGAUGCCGCUCUUCACGUGCGCUCACAUGCGGUUGGGGUGGCAGCGAUCUUGUUGAGGGAGGAUGGAUCCUAUGGGGGUGCCUUUAGUAGAAUCGUUCGUUGUCCCUUUGAGGCUCGAGUUGGGGAGGCUUUUGAGGUCAAGGAAGCAUUGUCUUGGCUCAAGGAGAGGGGUGUCACAGAGGUUGCUUUGUUUUCUGAUUGUUCGUUGCUCAUCCAGGCCUUAAACAAGAGGCAAGCUGAAGACCGAUCUUACCUGGGAAUUAUCGAGAGCGAGUGUAGGCUUUUGGCCUCUUCUUUCUCACAGGUUCAUUUCUGUUACUUUUCAAGGCGUUUUAAUUCUAUUGCUCAUGUUUUGGCUAAGAACUCUGAGGAUGGAGGCAACAUUUGGCCGUCCGAUCCACCUGCUUGUAUUUCGCACUUAAUUGGUUAAUGACAUGUUGUUCUUUGCUUCAAAAAAAAAACUUACUCUUGCU